CUUCCCGUCCAAAACUCUAAAAAUAUGGGAACAAGGAUGUGGCGGAGUAUCGGAUGGUCGGAGGGUCGGAUAGUCGGAUAUAAUCCUCGAGAAAGCGAAAAAGAGUAUCCUAAACGUUGGCUAAACAUUGGCAAUCAUAAUACUUUUCCUACUCUACACCCCAUUUACGGGAUGGUUGAACGUUAGACGCACUCGGACGGACGUACCUAGACGCACCUGCACCUGUGUAGCUGACCCGACACUCGGCAUCCAAUGACAAAGACGAUAUGCCCGGAUCGCCUCCAACAAGACAGCGUCCUUUACCUCCCCCGAAUCGGCGCCGGGACAAGCCUCAGUUAUCAUGUAAUCCAUGCAGGAGACGCAAGGUCAAGUGUGAUAGACAGCAGCCAUGUCGCACAUGUUCCAUGAGAGGACUGGCCAUGGCCUGUACCUAUCCCGACGCGGAAUCCCGCCCUUCAGAUAGAGAACCUGUCACCACUGUACAAAAUCGUAUCCGUGAGCUUGAGAGCCUUGUACAUGUUCUUAUGCAAAAGGCGGCGCCAAAGAACCCGCCGAAUGUAACAUCAGUACCACAGCCCGAAACCUCCGUCUCUCCCCUCGACGGUUAUCCUGACCCGGGUGUAGGAGCAAAUGGGUCCUCGGAACCAUCUGAUUGUGGUACAUUAACAAACACUCCGGCCGGUGUCAACUACGUCGACGGCGCACACUGGACCGCCCUUUUAGAUGGUAUCUCCGAACUCAAGGAUUGCUUCCAAGAUACCACAGAUACCGGUUCAACCAUGCGUUAUACCAUUCCGUCGCAGGUUGUUCCGGAUUAUGGUCCUCAACCCCAGUUGCUAUACGGCCGUUUCGCCCAUAUUAGCAAAGGGGAAAUACUAAGCUCAUUACCGGCCCGACCCGUCGUUGAUCGACUGAUAUCUAAGUUUUUUAAUACGAUUGACUUACAUCCAGCCCUUCUUCAUAGCGGCCAAUUCAUUCGACAGUACGAACAAUUUUGGGAAGAUACUUCUUCGGCCCCCAUUAUGUGGGUAGGCAUCUUGUUCGCCAUCAUGUCGCUUUCCAUUUUACUCUCACUGCCACAUACGAGUAGCGAGCCAAAUUCUCAAUCUUCUGACGUAGAGAGCGCUAUUCUUCUAAGAGCGUAUCGGGAGAAAGUCGUACAGUGCCUGAUGCUAGGCAAGUAUACUAAGGGCGGACCGCAUGUUUUACAGACCCUCAUACUCUAUAUCGCCAUAGAGCACUUGCUCCACGAGGAUUCGGAAUUUGGUACACAUAUACUAUUAGGCGUGAUUUUGAAUAUUGCUAUGAGGAUGGGCUAUCAUAGAGACCCCAAGAACUUCCCGGUCAUAUCACCUUUCGAGGGUGAGAUGAGAAGACGAACUUGGGCUGCCAUAUACCAGGCGAACCUUAUAUUCGCCUCCCAGAUGGGCCUACCAAGUAUGCUGAAGGAUCAUCAAAUAGACACAGAAGAACCACACAACUUAAAAGACUCCGAUUUUGACGAAGAUACAACCGAACUGCCACCAGCAAGGCCCGACAGCGAGUUAACGGCUGUCCUAUAUAUCAUUACGAGAACACGUGUCGCACAUCUCUGGGAAGAGGUUCGCGACCUUGCCACUGAUAUCAGACGUCAUAAAUACGAUGAAAUUCUAGCCAUGGAUCAAAAGGUGCAUGUCCAUCAGCGCCGUCUUCCACCAGCCUUUAGAAUGCAACCUGUGGGACAAUCAAUAACCGACCCUCCGCAUUUGAUUAUGCAAAGAAUUUGGUUGCAAAUUUGUUUUCUCAGGCUACAGAUAGUCCUACAUAAGAAAUAUUUCAUGACCCCUACGCCAAACGAACGCUACAGUUACUCGAGGAAUGUCACUCUGAAGGCGGCUGUCGAAAUCAUCGAAUACCAACAUAUGGUUUAUGACUUGGUCAAGCCCGACGCCUUAUUAUAUGAUGCUCGAUGGAAACUUUCAUCCGUGAUGAACAACGAGUUCAUGUUGGCAACUGGUGUUCUUUGCCAUUAUAUGAAGCAAAUUGACGCCGCUCCACAAAGAACCGUUGAAGGAAUAAGCAUAGAAGAUAUCAAGAAGCUUCUAAUAAGAUCUUUGGAAUGCUGGCAGCGGUUCGCUGGCACAUCCAGGCAUGCUCGGAAAGCUAUAGAGGCUAUACGUCUAGUUCUUAAAAGCACGAGCACCCCAACGUCGAGUCCCACCAAUGCAGAAGAUGAGUUCAGUCAAAUCGAUUUUCAAGAUCCCCUCCUUAUGGAUCUUAACUUCCCAUGUUCGGUGGAUGGCUUUUAUAGCGGAGACGACUCGACAACCAUUAGCGACCCUUCAAUCGAGUCAACCCCAUUCGCUAUGAGCGGGUUUCUGCCGUGGAAUGUGCUGAAGGGUUGACUGGAAUCCGUAGGGACUACAAGAUAAAGAUACGGCGCAGUGUCUGGUUCUUGACUACCUAAGCUUUUUACCCCUAGAGUAGACUUGAAAGCGGUGUAUUACAGUAUGUGAGGUUACUAUCUUCUGUCGCUGAUGAUUCUGACAGGGGUUGAAGGAACAGUCGUUUCUUUGUUCUGGCCAGCAUUGUCUCAGCUCCGUCUU